GUGAACGCACCCCGCCUGCCUGCUCUCUAGUUACAGUAUGGCGGCCGGGACUUGCGGAGGAGGACAACUUCUUGUAGAUUCCUUCCAGAAAACUGCUGGAAGGCGAUCGCAAUAAGUUCAAACCACCACGGCAAACACGACCUGGACUGAGAUAGACGACGACAGUGCAACUUGUGGCCUGUACCGAGGAUUUUCCUGGAAGAUAAACGGGCUGAUGUGAUGCGUGAGGAACCCCGCAGCCAAGAAACUCCCCUGAUUUUUCCGCGUCUGUUUCUGCCCUGACUGUCAGUUAGCCGGCUAGCUGCUGCUAGGUAGUCGCACCGUCUUCAUGCUAACGUCCGCUGGCAGGGCUCCGUAGUAGCCAAAAAAAAGACGGGGCUAGCUUGCUGCUUUUAUUUGCUCCAGGAGACAGGGAUGGCAUUUCGUCCCCAUUCGGUAAGCGAACUGGUUGAGAAGGGUGGGGAGAAAACAUUUGAGGACCUGGAUGAUAAGUUUGUAAGCACUCAUUAGCCUAGCCUAGCCUAGCCUAGCCUAGCUUGCUGGUACAACGCCAGAAAUCGUUGGCCGGCAGUUAGCGCUUAGCUGGUCCACUAGCGAGCUAGCCAAUUAGCAUUUUAGUUGCACAAGAAGACCUGCUAAUCCCCCAGUUCAUCCCGGCUGAGUGUUUUGAAGCCUCCGCACUAACUAGUUAACCGUGACGAAGAGUGGGGAGUGAACUGUUUUAGUUUAAUUGACCGUUCACGUAUUGUAACUCAGGGGUAUUUCUGGCAUUCAGUCUUUCUAAGGUGUCGUUAGCGGUCUUGUAGGUGUUCUCUGGAGGGAGUGGUAACGUCAGGUAGCUAGCUGAGGUUCCCUGUAUCAGGGCAACAAGGUCACACAGAUUAUGACUUUAAAUGACGAAUAUAAUAACACAUUACUAAACACCAAACGUGUGUAGACCGACUGGCGUGUUGCACAUUGGGGUGUGUGCUCCGAUGUUAGCUCGCUGCAAGACAAGACUAAACACUGCAAGAAAGGGCGCAAUAAUUUGCUUUCGAUAGUCAUUAUAUUGAUAGUUUCCUGGAUUGGUAACUAAUUUGAACAGCACUCACAAUUAUUGACUUGAACUGUUACUAUCUUGGGGGGUGCGGGCUAAAGAUAAAGUCUGGUGGCUGACUGGGCUCAAUCGCCUGUUUCAGUGCUGGAGUAGUUUGAUGGACGUGGGAGGCUGUUUGCCAGACUGUCCGUGCUAUACUCAGUCAUGUAUGUCUUGACACAUGGCACCUUGGUCUGUACAUAGUGCCUGCUGUCAGAUAUAAGUGUCGUUAUGUAGCUUUGGUGGACAGUGAGUGAAGGGAAUGUCUUGUCUUUUUUAUACCUGUCAGUUUGUUUUUUAUUUUCAUUUUUUUCAAACACAGGAGAGUCUUGUUGAAUCAAAGUGGGAAAGUGGUGCAGCCCGGGCUGUGUACAGUGGACAAUGUUUAUUAGUUAGUGCCUAGAAGCUUGGAAGACUAACAACCCUGCCUACAUACAGGCCAUAGAUAUUGUAGAUUAUUCAUUGGGGAUUGCAACAGAAGCCUGCCACUCUGGAUCAAGAAGACUUGUCCCUCGUGUCUGGUUGGAGUAAUACUCUCAAGCCAAAAUCAAUGCCUUCAGCGCUGGCCGUGUUCGCCUGCCGACCCAACUCGCAUCCAUUCCAGGAGCGGCAUGUGUACCUGGAUGAGCCAGUCAAGAUCGGCAGGUCUGUGGCUCGGUGCCGCCCUGCCCAGAACAAUGCCACCUUCGAUUGCAAGGUCCUGUCCAGGAAUCAUGCCCUGGUUUGGUUCGACCACAAGACCGGCAAGUUCUACCUGCAGGACACUAAAAGCAGCAACGGGACGUUCAUCAACAGCCAGAGGUUGAGUCGUGGCUCAGAGGAGAGUCCGCCCUGUGAGGUCCUCUCCGGAGACAUCAUCCAGUUCGGCGUCGAUGUCACUGAGAACACACGUAAAGUCACCCAUGGCUGCAUCGUGUCAACAAUCAAACUCUUCCUACCUGAUGGGAUGGAGGCACGCCGACGAAGCGAUGUCAUCCAGGCUCCGUUACCACUACCUGUAGACAAGGUUGCAGCCAACACUCCCAGUAUGUAUUCUCAGGAACUGUUCCAGCUCUCCCAGUAUCUACAGGAGGCCUUACACAGAGAGCAGAUGUUGGAGCAGAAGCUAGCCACUCUGCAGCGUCUGUUAGCCACCACUCAGGAGGCCUCAGAGAGCAGCUGGCAGGCUCUGAUUGAUGAAGACCGUUUACUCUCCAGACUGGAGGUGAUGGGCAGCCAGCUACAGGCUUAUUCUAAGUCUCAGACGGAGGAGGGGAUCCGUAAGGAGCUCCUGGCUCUCCAGGAGGACAAACACAACUAUGAGACGACGGCGAAGGAGUCUCUGAGGAGAGUCCUGCAGGAGAAGAUCGAGGUGGUCAGAAAGCUGUCAGAAGUGGAGCGCUCGCUCAGUAACACAGAGGAUGAGUGCACCCAUCUGAAGGAGAUGUCUGAGAGGGGCCAGGAUGAGCUGAGGGAGCUCGCCAACAAGUACAACGCUGCCGUCAACGAGAUCAAAGAGCUCACUGACAAAAUUAAGGCGGCGGAGGGCCGGCAGGAGGAGCUGACCCAGCGGGGAGCAACGGAGAAGAGAGAGUUGGAGCUGCGGAUCGAGGAGAUGGAGGAGAAGGAGCAGGUUCUCCAGGCUCGCAUCGAAGCUCUGCAGGCCGACAAUGACUUCACCAAUGAGAGGCUUGCCGCCCUGCAGGUGCGGUUAGAGCAGCUACAAGAGAAAAGCAUUAAAGAAAACAACAGUCUGGAUAUCGACAAUGUCUCCCACGGACCAGUAGAGGAGCCUGUCGAGGACAAACAGAACCUGCAGACACCUGAGAACCAGGAGGAUGACGAGGAUGAGGAGGAUACAGAUACCGAUGAUGGUGCAGUUGGUGAAGAUGAAGCUACUGAUGACAACUGUCAUGUUAACAACAGCGGAGGAGACUCGACUAGAAUCCCACAGUUGAUUGAGUGUCCGCCUGUCAAACAGCUGAAGGAAACUGUAAGUUCUUCAAUCCACAAACUGGCCAACUUUGAUGAAGUGAUGGAUGCUCACCUACAGAACAACCAGACAGCAGAAGACGACAUCCUGGCCAGCCCCGAUCGACUCAAAGGGAUGGAUGCCAAAGAGUCUGACAUGUCAGACACUCUGAGUCCCAGCAAAGACCGCAGCAGUGACGACACGUCAGACGGCAACAUGGACGAUCAGGAGCUGAAUGAACCACAGAACAGAGUAGCUCUGCUCAAAGCUGAGUUGCAUCGGGCCGGUCUAGAGCCUGGAGACACGGAGCAGGUCAUCCACCAUCUCCACAGAGAGCUCCUGGAGGCCCAGGAAUUAGCCAACACCGGCAAGCAGAAAUGUCUGGAGCUACAAGCUCUGCUGGAGGAGGAAAGGAGGAGUAACUCUCAGCAGACUGAAGAGUCGACCAAACAGAUCCAGUACCUGCAGACUCAGCUUGGGAAGCUGCAGGCUGACAUGGAGGCACUGAGGGAGCAGAGGGAGAGCACCAUCUGCAGCACCAGAGAUGAGCUAUACUCUGCGCAGGAGGAGAUUCUCGUUCUGCGGCAUGCCAUGGAGGCAGCCACGGCGGAGCGGGAGCGCGAGAUCGCCGCCCUGCAGGCUGACCUGGGCGGUGUCCGAUCCGAGCUGGAGCACUGGAGGAGCACAGCCGCCAAGUACGAGGAGGAGAUCAGCCGGCUGCAGGAGGCCUUCACACAGCAGCAACAGCAGCAGCACACCGCCAACCAGCUGCAGACGGAGUGUACUGCGUUGCAGCAGCGGUGUGUGUGUUUGCAGCAGGACUGUGACGGCCUGAGAGCUGAAAGGAAAGCUCUUAUGGACAAACUGCACCACCUGGAGUCUGAGCUGAGCAGCACCAGGGAGCAGAGUCAGGUCCUCAGCAGCAGUCUGGAGUCUCUGGAGAAGAGGAAGGAUGUUCUGCAGGACAAACUGGGUUCACUAGAGAACCAGCACCUACAGGACGAAAGCAGGCUGAAGAGCCAGCUGGACCAGGCCCAGGCCCGCACACACACACUGCAGAAAGAGUAUGAAGACACACAGUCCCAGCUGUUGGACCUCCGUCAGCGCUAUGAGAGAACAGAGCAGGAGAAGCUGAACAUCCACCAGGAGCUGGAGCAGUGCAGGAGCAGCCUGAAGUUGCUGCAGGACAAGACCAGCUCCAGCGGCUGGAGCCCCUGGAUGCCGGUCAUCGCAGUGAUGGUCGCCGUGACGGCAGCCGUCCUCUACCCCAACCUCUCCAAGAGCAGCUCCACUUAGGAUGGACACACACGCACACACACACACACACAUAUAUACACACGCACACACACACAGAGAGCGCUGUGAGGAGAGCAUCACUGCUUUACUUGUAUAAAGUCUAAUUGUACAUAAUUGUAGAGGGAAUAUAAAGGUUGUGGUUUCUACAGAGGAUUCAGAUGUUUCUUGGUUUAUUUUGUUGUUUUUUUUUUGUGUUUUUUUUUUUUUUCCUGCAGCGAGGAGUUUUGUUGUUUUUAUUCUCGGCUCUCUCUCAGCUGUGGUGGGGGCUUUUUUUGGUUUUUUUUCGUCUCUCUGCUGAUUUCUGGGUAACAAAAUUGUUCUCCAGCAGGCCGAGCUUCCACGCAAACCUGCCCGAAGUGACGUUCGCACAUGUGCCCGUAGAAAACGGAACGGGGAUGGAAGCGAACGUGGCACUUUCCAUCAGUCUCAGUCCAGUCAGGGGAACAUGAUCCGCUUUCAUCUCUCAAAACUGAAAAGUCUCUGUUCAAAACCACAAAAGCUGCAUUCGCUGGUAGCAGCAUCUGCGCACAUCUUUCGAUAGAUUUCAUUGGCUGUUGGAUGUCUGCUAGCAGCCAGCCUGAAGCUCCGCCAGAGAUGGUUUAGACUUUCUGGAUGAACCGGGCUGCAACCCUCCAUCAGUCUGAUUUUGAAAUCCUGAAAACAGCUCAGUGGUUUCAGCUGCGUCCCAGAAAUGAGGCUUUGAGGUCUUCAGCUUGAGUCAUUUAUCUGUACGUGUCAUUUUCUUUAUUUGAUAGGAUUAUUAUUGGAUUGUUGCUGCUGAUAUUUGGAGUUUUCAUGCCAAAAAGAUUGUCCUGUUUUUUUUUCUUGUGAGUGUAGAAUAAAAAAGAUUUAAAAUAACAACAGCCUAAUAUAAUAAUAAUAAACAUGUUGAAUUUUAUCCAAAUGUGUUUGUUAGUGUCAGUUCAGGUGUUGAAUGCAAAUUUGUUUGGUUAUAUGCACCACUAAAGCUCAAUAAAGCAAAAUAAAAACUGCUUUUGGGUCUUUUUACCUCAUCUUGAAGCUGUGUUGUUUAGAGGGGCUCCCUGUCAUAAUCUAGUCGUAAAACCUUUAAUAUUUCAGUCAAUAUAAUGCUCACAUGGUGCAUAUCCUUAAACAAAAUUGUAUUCAGUCAAAUGAUCGUAUACUGACAUACAGCGAACCUGCGGCAGGUUGUGGUUAGAGCCGUCACUUAAAUCUGUAUUCAUCUGUUUAAAUUGAGCAGGUUAAAUACAGUGAGACUAAUAAAAAGACAUAAUCAGCUCCAUAUAUCACUAAACAGGAUUAUGCUUUAGUACUUCAUGAUAAUCUGCUUUAUAACGAAUGUACAUCCAGGAUUUAUCAGCACAAAACGAGCACAAACGUGACAAAGAACGUGUUUGUGUUUCUGUCGACCUGAUCUGGAUUUUCAGUCUGCUGGAAAGUGUUCACAUUAAGGAGGUUUCAGGAAGUCCGGCUCUGCUCUGUUCUGGUUUUAGUCGGCCAUGUUGGAUGUCUAACAUGGUGUUUCUCUACAUUUUGAUUUUUUCCUUUUAAGAGGGGGGGGCGGGGUUGAAACUUGAAGCCAAAUUAUUAAAAUAAAAAUCAGAUUUAUUUUCUGUGGGGUUUUUUUUUUUUUUUUUUUUUUUAAAUUUUUAUUUUGAGGGCACAGAAAAGGGGGUCAAAGUGCCUCUGAUGUAACUAACUAACACCACAGUUUGUGUAUGUGUGCGGUCAGACACGCACACAACCACACACACACUGUCUCUGAUAAACACACACACACAUAUACACACACACACACACACACUUGGUUUAUUCGACUGUCAGAGGUCUGUCAGUGUCAUACUAGCUUUCUCCAACGCUUUCAACUGCUACUCUUGGCCUUCUUCAGUGAAUGGAGUCAGUUUGAAUUAAGAUUAUUAUUGUGGCUUCAUCCCAACAAUUCACAUCAGCUGGAAGAAGAUUUUUUUUACCCACAUGAGCAGCUCUGAGGAUGAUGACAGUCGAUCCUGCGCUGUGAUCCAGACUGAAAAGUCUCAACUACUGGAUGCGUUCACGGUUCAGACAUUAAGGAUGAAUCCGUGUAGCGCCGUUAACAGGUCAAAAAUAUCCACUUGAGUUCAUGACAGAGUAGCUCAAAAUCUAACAACCAUGUAUCCAUCAGCAUGUUCCCAUGUUCGUGUUAGCUUUAGAUAGCUCAGGACCAUGGAUGUAUUAUACGAACUGGAUACUGGACUCAAAGAUGGCGCCUAUUCAGUCAAAUGAAAACUGCUCGCCUGGCGCAUGAGCCAAAAAAAAAAAAGUUUCUAGUUUCCAGGUUUGCUUCCGUGCUGUGCGGCCCGCUGAAAAUGCACAGUGCUGUUUCUAAAAAUCACUUUUCUAGGCUUGAGGAAAGUUUUACAGACAUAAAACUUUGAUGGAUUAAAAAUUUAUAAUACAGAGUCAUAUUUUACCUUAUUUGCAGUUUGAGGUGUCCUGUCAACAGUUGUAUAGACUCUCUUUUAUAAUGGUGGUCUACGGGGAAAAAAAAUGCCUUUUUGGGCCGCAGGGGAUUUUUUAGCCGCAAUACCGCAAGUGGCCACUGGGAAAAAAUGUGAAGCAAGGCUGAGCAGCAGCUCCGUAUCCAGUUAUCUUAAUACAUUCAUGGUCAGGACCCUUGAUUACCUUAAAUUCUGCUACACAAAAUUAUAUUAAUUUUCAGACUUUUCUCUAAUAUUUGCUUUUUUUCAUGUGAAAUACUGUACAGUUCCACUAUUUGCGCCUUUAAGAUUAUUAAAAUGAAAUGGUCAGAGAUGAUAAAAUCACCCAUAAAUUGAAUAGACACUCAUCCUGUCAGGAAGGGUCUCAUGCAGAUGUUUUAUAUUAAAGGGUCACAAGCAAAACCAGUUUGGAAGCACUGUGCUGAACAUCAGCGUGGGUUAGCGGCACCUGGAGGUCGAUGCUAGCGUAGCGUUGUUAACAUGACGUUCAUCUUAGACUCGAGAGCCAAAUCUGUCAGUGUUUGUCUUUAAAGAGUAACUUCACUGGCCUCUCUCGUCUGGCCUUGUCUGACGUUUGCUCUGUCGCACCUUUAACCACACCCAGCGGUGAUGUCACGGUGUCCUGGAGUACACAUGUACAUCACUGCAGCAAACUGAGAAGUUACAUUAAUAGAGAAAAACAAGAUUUCCAUCAGGAUUAAGUUAAUCUUUUACUCUUGUCAUCACUCCAACAUGGCGGCUGUGAGAUCCAACUCUGAACUUGACACUUCAGACCUCUGCUGAGGUGUUUUUAAGCAGACAUUAAAUUAUUUCAAGGGGGGUGUGUGUGUGUGUGUGUGUGUGUGCGUGUGUUGGCGAACAGGGGAGUGUGUGUUGAUUCACACUCUGGACUCUUGAGCAACGUUUGUCAUCGUUUGUGUACUCUGUCUUGUCUCCGUGUUAAAAGAAAAAAAAAAAAAAAAGACAACGAACAAAUAUUCCUGAUGUUUAAAGAGAAACACUACAGUACAGAGAGAGAAUUGUAAAAUAAAAUGUUAUUGAAUGAUGUGCUACUAGACUUAUUUUGUUAAAAUCGUUUAGAGAUAUGAGAGGGAGCUAUGUAGAGGAUAUGAUGAUGAUGUAUUGAAUAUGCAGAGCGAUGUUUGGAUUAAAGUUGUAGCAAGCUGACCCACCAAA